CCUUUCACGAGCUCCGUGAGGUAAAAACAAGCGCGGAUUCCAUGUCUUUUCUUGUAAGUAAACCCGAACGGAUUAGGAGGUGGGUGUCUGAGAAGUUUAUCGUUGAGGGCUUAAGAGAGUUUGAACUGUUUGGAGAGCAGCCUCCGGGUGACUCUAGGAGAAAAACAAAUGAGGCGAGCUCCGAGUCGAUAGCUUCUUCCCCCAAAAGGGACACCAUGAGCAGCUUCCUACCUGACAGCAGCUGCUAUGAGUUGCUCACCAUCAUAGGCAGAGGCUUUGAAGACUUGAUGGUUGUGAACCUGGCCAGGUACAAACCCACAGGAGAGUAUGUGACAGUCAGGAGGGUGAACCUGGAGGCCUGCACCAACGAGAUGGUCACCUUCCUGCAGGGGGAACUUCACGUUUCCAAGCUCUUCAACCACCCAAACAUUGUGCCAUACAAAGCAACCUUCAUAGCUGACAAUGAGCUGUGGGUAGUGACAUCCUUCAUGGCCUAUGGUUCUGCAAAAGAUUUGAUCUGCACCCAUUUUAUGGAUGGGAUGAGUGAGCUGGCUAUUGCAUACAUCCUGCAGGGGGUACUGAAAGCACUUGACUACAUCCACCACAUGGGCUAUGUACACAGGAGUGUUAAAGCCAGCCACAUCCUGAUCUCUGUGGAUGGGAAGGUGUACCUCUCUGGCCUGAGGAGCAACCUCAGUAUGAUCAACCAUGGGCAGCGACUCAAAGUGGUUCAUGACUUUCCCAAAUACAGCAUCAAAGUCCUGCCUUGGCUCAGUCCUGAAGUCUUGCAGCAGAAUCUCCAGGGUUAUGAUGCAAAAUCUGACAUUUACAGCGUGGGGAUAACAGCCUGUGAGCUGGCAAAUGGACACGUACCAUUUAAGGACAUGCCUUCCACCCAGAUGCUCUUGGAAAAGCUGAAUGGAACUGUUCCCUGCCUGUUAGAAAUUCGUGCUGAUGAGCUGACUAUGAAAACCCCCCGUCCAAGUGCUAAUUAUGGGAUGAGUGAGAGCAUGGCUGUGAGCAACGUGAGAACAGCCAACGGGGAGCCAGCCCUGCACCCUUAUCUUCGGACCUUCUCCACCUACUUCCAUAACUUUGUAGAGCAGUGCCUCCAGAGGAACCCUGACUUCAGGCCAAGUGCAGGCACUCUGCUUAAUCAUCCCUUUUUCAAGCAGAUCAAGCGCCGCGCUUCAGAAGCGCUCCCGGAACUCCUUCGCCCCGUCACCCCCAUCACCAAUUUUGAAGGAACACAACCCCAGGAUCCCAGUGGCAUUUUUGGGCUGAUGUCAAACCUGGAGCAGCUGGAUGUGGAUGACUGGGAAUUCUAGAAAAACAAGGACUAUACCUGGUUCCAGAGGAACUUUCUGGACAUUGUAAUUUAUUGGUCCUAUU